UCAGAAAAACAUUUUUUUUUCUCCCAUUGGUCAGAAUUUGGAGGGGCGUUGCUAGUGGAGCCGGAAGUGAUUCCCUGUUUUUGUUCCGGAUGUUCCACACAUUUCAGCAGGUGACCUGUGCAACAACAUGGAUAGUUUUGAGGAGCGGCUUGCUGAGGCGGUGAGAAAGUAUGAGAAUUUAUAUAACACGUCUUCCAAGUCGUAUAAAGACCUGCAAAUGGUCAACAAUUCAUGGAAAGAGGUAGCUCUGGCUGUGAAUGCAGAGGAAGAGGUCUGUCGGAAGAGAUGGAGAUACCUCCGUGACAGAUUCGCAAAGGCUAAACGCCGGGUGAGCAAAAAGAGGAGCGCUGAUCCUGCAGGGAGGAAAUCGGUCCCUGCGCUCUUCACGUCCCUGCUGUGGCUCGACAAACACGUAAAACAUCGCGAGACGACGACCAUGUUGCAAACUGAGAAGAGAAGGAAGGCAGUUGUUAAUGCCGUCCCCACGCCACAGAACGUCCCGUCCUGUAACGCCGGUCCUCCUGCUGUCUGUCCUGAGUCAAUUAGGCCCGUUUCCAUGACGCUCCCGAGUAACAACUCCACCAUGAGAUCGACUUCCGGGUGUCCAAGUCGAGGAAGAGAGCAGGGACCGGAAGAAAGCAACAACCAGGUGGAUGAACGUUCCCAGCAGUUCCUGGUCCUGCAGCAGCAGCUGAGACCAGAAGGUGAUAAAGAACGGGACGCGUUUGCAGAAUGGCUCCGGUCAGCCAUGCACAACUUUGAGCACACCAUCUGGAGGAGGUGUCAGCGUGAGCUGACAGACGUCAUGUACAGAUUUAUCGCUGAGAACGAUGCACUGAGGGACGGCGGCCAGGGAAGGUUGCAAAUUGAGGAAAUAGAAUACAAGUGGCAGCCAAAAUAAGAGGAACAAGAUCUCCAUUUGUAAAGAACUUUAGUACUUUUAUAAACCACCCAUAAGUUAGGACAUUUUCUCUUAUAUUUUGGUUUGAAUAAGUAGGGAACACUGAGCACCUUUCCAGAUGUUUUCUUGUUCUGAUAUCUAGAAGAUAAAGCCAUUAAAGUGCCCUUUGUAUUAAAGAAAUAUUUGAUUUAUGACA